AUGACGGGCUUCAAGAAAUGGGGCUUCGAUGACUUCGGGGACUACUUGGAGAGUAUGAAGUCCAUCUACGGCAAGUGCGAGCUCUGGCAGCGCGCCCUGUCCCCCGUGCAUGCCGUGGAGGAGGUCGAGGAGAACUCGCUCAAGAAGUGCCUCAACUGGUUCCACGUCUCGUGCCUCGGCGUGGGCCUCAUCCUCGGAGCAGGCAUCUUCGUCUCCACCGGCACGGCGGCCGCCGAGAUCGCGGGGCCGGCGGUGGUGCUGUCUUUCCUGCUGGCGGGCCUGUCGGCGAUCCUCUCCACCCUCUGCUACUCCGAGUUCGCCGUGCGCUUCCCCCUCAGCGGCGGCGCUUUUAACUACAUCCUGUUCUCCUGCGGCGAGUGGGUCGCGUUUGCCUGCGUGUGUACCCUCAUCCUCGAGUAUGUGCUGGCGAACGCAGCUGUGGCGCGCUCCUUCGCGCCCUACUUUGGGCAGCUCAUUGGGAAGACGUCAGAGUUCUUCGUUUUUGCUGUCUCAGACAGCCUGACCGUCGAUCCUCUCGCCGCCGGCCUGGUCCUUGUGUGCGUGGUGCUGGUCAUCUUCUCCACCGAGCACUCCAACACAACCAACCUCAUCAUCACCAUCGUCCACGUGGCCGUGGUGCUGAUGAUCUUGAUCGUCGGCUUUGUCAAGGCGGACCCCAAGAACCUGGUACCCUUUGUGCCCCCGGAGGUGGACGGCAGCUAUGGGAUCCGCGGCAUCUUCAACGGCGCCAGCUUCGUCUUCUUCAGUUUCAUCGGCUUCGACUGCGUCAGCACCAUGGCUGAGGAGGUGAAGAAGCCGUCCCGGGACAUGCCCAUCGGCAUCAUCUCAUGCAUCGUCUUCGUCACCACCCUCUACGUGAGUCAACCAGUACCGCGCCGCCGCCCGUUGCGCACACAGCUGCUUCACGCCGCCCCCUUCUGA